AUGGCCUUAUACACUCAUAUCAAUAUCACUCUGCCAGUAUCAAACAUGCAUGGGAAAACUAAUCCCUUCGCACCUACAGCUACUCCUCAUUUUACAGACAUAUUGCCUCUGUUGCUUCCUUCUGCUGCAGGAUUCAGCAUAUCCAUAUCCAUCAAACAUCUACUGCUUUCUGAACUUCUCAAAAAUCCUUAUGUCACCCAGCUUUUUCAAAACUACCAGACUGUAGCUGCCAAACUUGCUCAACUAAAUCAGAUCCAGCAAAACAUCUCAGGCAAAAAAGAGGCCCUGGUAAACGAUAUAUGCAACUUAGUCAAGGGGCAGGAGGCCUGCAUACAGGAGAAGGUGAAACUUUUAUUAGAUAAACAGGCCAUUGUUUUUGAGAACAAGAAGCUUGUUGAAUAUGUUUCUAUUGCCCCAAGCAACUCGGUAUCUCAUAUUCUUGCCAACAGGACUCCUAUGGUUGUCUUUGUUCAGUACAAAAAAUCUUUCAACUACAGUUUCAAUGUGGAAUACAUUGGGAAGCAGGAACAUGAUUCCCCCAUAUGA